AGGUAAGAUAAUCACAUGGGAUAAUCGUUCGCAACAAUAGAGUGCAUUUCCCCCAUGUCCUUCUGAUAAAAGAAGGGACAUAUGGACAUAUAAACUACAAAACAACAAAGACUCUUCUGGAUUUUGUAUUUGUAAAUAUGUGACAUUGAAAAUCGUAUAGAUUAGUUAGCCUAACCCCAGCUAGCUUUGGUCAUCUUUCCAGCCAACAUCUAUUUUUACUGUACACAACUAACACUGUAUGAGCAUGUCGGGUGGUCCAAAUGGAGAUCCCAACAUGUCAGCAGAGGAAGGCAUCAUCGACGACGACGAUGAGUUUGAUGAUGAAGAAUACGCUGCUGUCAAUUCAAUGCUGGAUCAAAUCAACUCUUAUCUGGAUGACCUAGAGGAGAGAAAUGAUGCACUCAAUGGCAAAUUACAUGAACUACUCGAGUCAAACAGGCAGGCACGAUUGGAGUUCAGGGCCCAGUUGAAUGGAUCCACUUUACCUGACAUGAGUAGCUCAUCACCUGGACAGGAUUUUAACGAGGAGUCCAAUGAACCGCAGACCAUUGAGAAAGAGAAGACUUAGAUGAAUUUGUCUCCAACUGUACCUAUUAAAUUGUCGGUGUACUGUUGUGUUGCGCUUCCCCAUUUCCAAAUACCAUAUGUGAUCAUAGUUUUCUAUUUCAUUCUAUUAAUUUUGUGCAUAUUUUACAAAAUAAUGUUUGGUCGAAGGGAAUCAGUUUCAAAGAUGUCAAAAUCUGACUGAAUACUGUAAUGCCAAUAUAUGGCAAAGUAAAUACAUUCUUCCUGUUGUGACAAAAAAAAACAGUUGGAAAAAGUCGACAAGCAUGUCAAUCCCAUGGUUAGUCCUCAGAAAUGAUAUAUUUAUGAACAGCUUAUCUAAGAAUCUAGAUGCAUGCAGAAUAAAAUAAUUAUGGCAAGCCAUUCUAUUAUGUUUGUUCAUGUGUGUUCAAUAAAAGUCAUGGCAAAUUAA